AUGACUGCGCAGGCGUUCAUCUUGACUUUAGGGGACAAACAUUACAAGACAACCGACAAGGGAGAAUCUUGGAUCGAAUUCACCACUCCAAUUCCGCCGGCCAUAAAAAGCGGGACGUAUUACACCGAUGAUAACUUUAGUAAUCCCCCCAAAUUACUCCUGAAAUAUACGGACAAAUGUAUAUGGGCGCGUUCCACGAAAGAGUCACAAGACGCGCCAACUUCUACCGUCUUUUGCAUUCGUUACAAUCCGUCCACCGAUGGAUCCAUGCGAAAGUGGACUGACUACAGUUUGGUUGUAUCCGAGAAUUAUUUCGCCUCGUCGAGCAUUGUAAACUUUAAUGGUACCGACCCCGUUGCCGCGUUGGGUAUCGGUGCCACACAGGAAUACUUGAUUGCCGCAGUUAAGAAUGUUAGAACGUACGACCUUGAGAUGUUUGUAUCAAAGGGAGGUCAAGAUUGGCGAAGAGCAAUCUUUCCUCUGGAUGCGAAGUUUGAGGAAAAGGAAAAGGAGAAUGCGUACACCAUACUGGAAUCGGCCCCUUAUCAUUUGGUGAUCGAUGUUCUUUCUUCGAAGACAAGCACCGGAAAGUUAUUUAUUUCAAAUUCGGAUGGUGAAUACUUUGUCGAUAGCUUGAAUCACACAAACAGAAAUAUUCAAGGAAAUGUGGACUUUGAGAAGGUGCAAAGCGUGAAUGGAAUCUUAAUUGCGAACGUGGUCGACAAUUGGCAUGAGGUUGAUGAUGGAAGUGCUAUUGCCAAGAGAAUACGUUCAAAGAUUUCUUUCGAGGAUGGUAAAAUUUCAUCCUGGAAAUAUAUCCGUCCUCCAGAUAAGAAUUUCGGGGGUUCGAACUUUUAUUGUUCGGUUACAAAUUGGGAAAGCGGUGAUUGCUCUUUACACCUUCACUCGAUCACCACCGCAAGCAAUUAUGGAUUCAUCUAUUCGUCAUCGGCUGCCCCGGGAUUUCUUAUGGGCGUUGGCAAUGUUGGAUCAUAUCUUUUUCCCUAUGAACAGUGUGAUACUUUCUUGUCUACCGACGGAGGGCUCACCUGGAAAGUUGCCAGGCUUGGACCGCAUAAAUAUGAAUUUGGCGACAUGGGCUCUUUGAUUGUUGCGGUGGACGAUAAGACUCCCACCGACAAGAUUUGGUAUAGCUCGGAUUAUGGUGAAAAUUGGGAGGAGUUUAGUCUAGGGAUAUCGUUUCAAAUUCGCGCAAAAAUGCUCACAGCGGAUCCUGAAUCAGCAUCGCAAAGCUUUAUCCUUAUAGGCUCGAUUUUAUCAAAUCAAGACAGUUUACACCGUUACUUCAUAUUCAAGAUUAGUUUCAAGGAUUUACAUGACCGGCAGUGUACAGACAAUGACUUUGAACAAUGGCAGGCUCGAAAGAUUGACGGAAAACAGUGCGUGGAAGUGGUCAAAGGUUACGUACCGCCCGGAAAGUGUAGGAAGGAGGGGGAUAAAUAUUGGGCAUCCUCGGGGUACAGACUUGUUCCGGGAAAUAAAUGUGACAGAGAUGCUCCCAACGCGAAGAGGAAGGAUGAGCCAGUAGAAAAGGAAUGUACUAAAGAUCAUAUCGCACCCGGAGACAUCACUUCCAGCAUUUCUUACUACAAUUUUGACACACUCUCAUAUUUUACGAACUCAACGGUGGUAUUAUCCAGAGAUGUCAAUGGUAAUAUUUAUCGAAGUGUUGACGAUGGCACUUCAUGGAAACUUAUUUUAAAUCGUAUCGUGUAUUUGAUCUUGCACGAGCAUGAUAGCACCAGAGCCUUCGCCUUCACAGAAGAUAACAAAUUAUUGUACACCUCUGACCGUGGUGGUCAAUUUACCGAAAUAAAUAUUCCACUGGGACCCAACACUUUUGGCCGUCCCAUCCUUGAUUUUCAUCCAGACAACGUUGACUGGCUCUUAUUCUUGGGAAGUACCUCGUGCCCUGGAUGUCACACGGAAUCAUACUUUAGUCGAGAUAAUGGUGCAACAUGGACGCUUGUUGAGACCUGGGCGGAAAAAUGCAUUUUUGGACGGGACACCGAUUUCAGUAAACCAGACGAGACGACCAUAUUUUGCUCAUCAUAUAAGGAUAAAAAUUAUGCCGGUGGACAAGAGAGUUUGGGUGGUAAAUCGACGGAAGCAAACCCAUUGAGGUUAAUAUCUACAAAGGACUUUGGAAAAACGAAAGAAGUUAAAUUAUCGGAUCUUGUUGAAUAUUUUGUUUUCAAUAAAUACAUGGCCGUCGCUACGGAAAAAAAUGGUCAGCUAUGCCUGUUCGUUUCUGUGAACGGUACGAACUUUAAUGAAGCCAAAUUCCCGCCAGAUGUUAAGAUAGACAAAAAAGCAUACACUCUUCUGCAAUCAAACACCGGCUCCAUAUUUCUCGAUGCGUAUCAAUCAUUUGAAUACAAUGCAGAGUAUGGUUCUUUGUUCAAGUCCAAUGGGGAUGGGACAUUCUUCUCCUUAAGCUUGGAAAACACCAAUCGAAACGGUUAUGGGAACGUCGAUUUCGAAAAAGUUCGAGGCAUGGAUGGAAUAAUACUAGCUAAUGUUGUGAGCAACACACUAGAAUUAAAGAAAGGGGUCAGCAAGAAAAUUGUUACAAUGAUAAGUUUCGAUGACGGGUCUACAUGGGAACGAUUGAAAAUUAAUAGCAACCUAAAUGGCUAUCUAAAUUUGCAUGGCCGGACCGAUAUUAGGAGGUCCGGCGGUGUCUUUAGCAAAAGCUCUGCUGUUGGACUAUUGAUAGGCGUUGGAAACGAGGGAGAGUAUCUAGAGCCAUACGAACAAUCCAAGACGUACAUGAGUCGUGAUGCCGGUCGCACUUGGACUCAAAUUCGCUCAGGUGAAAGCUUGUACGAAUUUGGUGACCAAGGUACCAUAUUGGCAGUUGUGGAUGAUGAAGGUCCUACAAAUAAGUUAAAAUAUAGCUGGGAUUAUGGAGCGCACUGGAACGAAUACGUCUUCUACCAAGGAUCUGUUCGCCUCUCUUAUAUUAUAUCUAAUCCUAAGGCAACCAGCAUGAAGUUUAUAUUAACGGGACUUGAAAUUUCUUCGGAGGUCAAACCGGUGGUUGUUAAUAUCGACUUUACCCAAUUAGAAAAAAGAACAUGUCAACCUGAUGACUUUGAAUUAUGGAAUCCAAUGCAUGAUACUCCAAACAAAUGUUUCUUGGGUAGAGAGGUGGAUUAUUGGAGACGCAAAGCUGAUCGAGAAUGUAAAAUCGGCGAUUCUACCUCUAGUAUGAAACCCAAUGAGAGGAUUUGUGCAUGUACCGAGAGAGAUUUCGAAUGUGAUUACAACUAUUUCCGCGAGGACGGUAAAUGCAAGUCAUUUGUUCAGGAUCCGGAUCGUCCACACAAUUGCAGCAAAACCUAUCUUGGAAGGUCCGGAUAUCGCAAAAUUUCCGAAUCAAAAUGUGUUGGUGGAAUCGAUCUUUCGCAAAAAGUCGAAAAAAGUUGUGAACUUACGAGGGAUGAUAUCAUUGUCAAAACGGUAACUGUCUACUACGUGCGAGAACUAUACGUCUGUGGAAAAGAAAAAAAUAUAUUGGUUAUUCGUACCGAAAGCAAUCAGAUUUGGCGCAGCAAUGAUCAAGGAUAUUCAUGGACAGCCAUACCAGAGCUUGCUGAUGUCAAGAUUGUUGCGAUGCUCCAAAAUCCUUAUUUCAGCAAUUUCACCUAUUUUAUCACACUGGGUACCACUCACUAUUACACACACAAUGCGGCUCAAGAUAUCAUGAAAAUGGAUGUCCCGUUGGGACCCAAUCUUCUCGAAUUACCAAUCCUCGAUUACCAUCCAGAACGUCCAGAUUGGCUCAUUUAUACGGCGAGUGAAGGAUGUGAUCGGAUAUUUUCUGAUUGUCAUUCGGUGGUUUACUACACAAAAGAUGGCGGAAAAAGUUGGAAUCAGAUGGAUACAUAUGUUAACAAAUGCACAUGGGCACGAGAUAAAAAAUUCAGGGUUGAUGAGAACCUGAUAUUUUGCGAGUCGUAUCGUGAAAAGAAGGGUUCACAGAGGUCGUUCUACAAUAAUCCACUCCGGUUCUGUACUUCGAAAGACUUCUUUUCCAAUAAAGUUGAUUGUAAAUUUGAAAAUAUCGUUGGCUUUGCCACAUUUGAGGAAUACAUGGUUGUUGCCGAGCUGUCAUCUUCCGGUCAAAGUCUCAAUCUUAUGGUCUCAAUGGACGGCGAGACCUUUGCCAAUGCUCAAUUCCCACCUAAUAUGCAACUGACUAGAAGUGCGUUUACAAUUUUGGAAUCUACAACUCAUGCCAUCAUGCUCCAUGUCACCACAUCAACUCGAGGCUUAUGGGGAAAUAUAUUGAAAUCUAAUUCUAACGGAACUUAUUAUUCUUUGUCGUUGGAAUAUUCGUAUCAAGAUGCGCGUGGAUUCGUUGAUUUCGAAAAAAUACGUGGAAUUCAGGGAAUUGCCAUGGCCAACCGAGUUACGAAUCCUCAAGAGGUUAAUAUGGGCGGUUCUAAAAAAAUUUCAUCGGUGAUUACAUUCAAUGAUGGAAGUACUUGGAGACCAUUGAAACGUCCUGAAUUCGAUUCUGACGGUAGACCUUAUAAUUGUGACGAUGUUGCGAGGUAUUCAAGUGAACUGGGACUAAUAUCUGCACAAAUCUUCAAGUGCUCUUUGCACCUUCAUAGUUACACUGAACGACGAGAUCCUCGCGACGCUUUCAGUUCUUCUUCAGCUGUAGGCUUGAUAAUGGGCGUGGGAAAUGUCGGUCAAUACUUGACUUCAUACUCUGACGGGGAUACCUUCUUAACUAGAGAUGCAGGAAUGACUUGGAAGGAAGUUAGGAAAGGUGCUUAUAUGUACGAAUUUGGAGAUCAAGGCUCGAUUUUGGUAAUGGUGGAUGAUGAAAAACCGACGGAUCAUAUAUUGCAAGUUUUUUUACGACAAUAUCCUCAUUGUUGUUCUUUGAUGGAGAUGCUGGCUAAAAUUUUCUAUUUAAAUCCCCAAGAUAUUCUUUCAACGAGGGCAUAUCGUGGGCAGAAAAACAAUUCACCAUACCCACCGAGCUCAUCAAAGUUCACGACAUCGCAACCAUGCCUGGUGGAAUCAGCAGCAGAUUUAUUUUGA